UCUAUCUAUCUAUCUAUCUAUCUAUUUUUCUCUAUAACUUCUUUCUGUUGGAUGCAAAGUCAAAGUCUAUCGAUAAGUGGAAAAAAGAUGAGUUGUCGUCAAAUAUCAGCGUCUCGACGUCUCAACUUUGCACGGAAGAAACAGUAUGGUUGGUCCACACAUAAAUCCAGUUGUACCAACCAGAUUCAAUAGUGAAAUACGGAACAACUAUUAAUUAUGUGAUUUCUACCAACCACAGAGCAAACGCUGAGUUAAUGACAUUGCAGCAGUGACGAUAUCAAGUUGGUUCAACCAGUGUGUGUUCAUAUAAAUGUCACCUUAGCCGAUUUCUGGUAACCAGAUUACGCACAAUCACAUUGAUGUAGUUGAUGUGUCAAAGUAACUGAUAUUCAUAUCAACCGUACGCGUUGCUAUGAUACAAAAAUCAAGUUCUAGCAUAUUUAUAUCGAUAAACGACGAUUGAGUAACCGAAACGGACAAGAAAGAUGCUGCUAAUAAGUGAAAUAAAUGUCGAGAAAUCCGGCAAAACAGCCGCGCACAACAGGUGCAUUUGUGAAUGGCUAGACUACUCGAAAGGCCGACGGGGUACGGUAUCGAAUGCGCGCUAAAAGACGAGGAGAGGGUUCGUAAAGGCGCAGCCGCCGAUCGACGGCGACGGUAUAAAAUUACGGUAUCGUGUAAACAGAGAAUCUCGUCGGCGCGUCUGAUGGCGGCUUGGGUGGCCGUCGGGGAGCUUCACGUGUUCUCCGCAAGCGCGGAGGCUGUAACGGCGAGAGCGAACGAGCGAGAGUUCUACCGCGACAAUAGCUCCGACGACGACGAUGACGACGGCGACGAUGAUCGACGGGAACCAUUUGCGAUGAACCGGAAGAUAUAAAUCUCAACUCUUUCUCCCACCUUCAAACGGUCACCAUGUCGAAGAUAUCAAGACCGACGUUCUCGCGUGAGGCGCACGUGAUCUCACGAGAUACGCGGACAAUUCUUUCCCGUUGACGUGCUGUUUACAGGACAGAGUAUCGUUACGAGCUAUCGUACGUGAACCAUCUGUCUGAAACGUUCGGCCAGAAGCGAGAAGUCGAACCAAAAAAGUAUCUUUUCUUGUCUGCUAUUGCGUUUGUCUCGGUACUUAUUUUGCGCAUUAUGUUUCUUAUCCUCGCGCAAAUUAAUUGCCCAUAAUAAAAUAAACGAAUGAUAGAUGUAUAUUGAGAGGAUUUGGUUUUCUAUUUUUUAUCUACUAAUACUUACUGUGGUAGAAACAGAUUCAUUCGAUCUGUUGUGUAGUGCAACUGAAAGGAAUGAAAAGUUCUAUAGGCUAUAACUUCCGCAAAAAUGAAGUUAAUGAGAUAAAGCGGCAAGCGUUUUACAACAUCAAAGUCUCUAAUUUUCAAAUAUAUGUACUUUUGAAUAUCAUAUUUACUUACUCUUUAUGAUG